AUGACAGAAGUUUACCUUAAGGAACAAAGUUAUGGAAAAGAUCGUGUUCGGUUGGCAAAAGUUAUUAAAACAGGAAAAUGGCAUGAAAUUGUAGAAUUGACUGAACAAAGUUAUGGAAAAGAUCGUGUUCGGUUGGCAAAAGUUAUUAAAACAGGAAAAUGGCAUGAAAUUGUAGAAUUGACUGCUGACAAUUCCAAGAUUAUUCCAACAGACACAAUGAAAAAUACAAUUUACAUACUUGCAAAACAAUCAAACAAUGUACAAAUUAUAGAAGAAUUUGGGAUUGAAAUAGGGGAACAUUUUCUCAAAACCUAUUCUCAUGUCACCAAAGUUAAAGUGUUGUUGGUUAAACAUCGAUGGAAAGUUUACCUUAAGGAACAAAGUUAUGGAAAAGAUCGUGUUCGGUUGGCAAAAGUUAUUAAAACAGGAAAAUGGCAUGAAAUUGUAGAAUUGACUGUGCGUGUUUUGUUACAAGGAGAUUUCGAACACUCGUAUACAAAGGCUGACAAUUCCAAGAUUAUUCCAACAGACACAAUGAAAAAUACAAUUUACAUACUUGCAAAACAAUCAAACAAUGUACAAAUUAUAGAAGAAUUUGGGAUUGAAAUAGGGGAACAUUUUCUCAAAACCUAUUCUCAUGUCACCAAAGUUAAAGUGUUGUUGGUUAAACAUCGAUGGAGUAGAAUGAUGGUUGAUGGGAAAUUACAUCAACAUUCGUUUAUUAGAGAUGGGGAGGAAUUACGACAUGCAAAAGUUUUUGUUGAACGAGGAUCACAUACGACACUUGAAGAAACCAAUGAUCGUAUUUUAUCAACAAGAGAUUUCGAACACUCGUAUACAAAGGCUGACAAUUCCAAGAUUAUUCCAACAGACACAAUGAAAAAUACAAUUUACAUACUUGCAAAACAAUCAAACAACGUACAAAUUAUAGAAGAAUUAGGGAUUGAAAGAGGGGAACAUUUUCUCAAAACCUAUCCUCAUGUCACCAAAGUUACAGUGUUGUUGGUUAAACAUCGAUGGAGUAGAAUGAUGGUUGAUGGGAAAUUACAUCAACAUUCGUUUAUUAGAGAUGGGGAGGAAUUACGACAUGCAAAAGUUUUUGUUGAACGAGGAUCACCUGGAUUUAGUAAUUUAUUGGUGCUGAAAACUACUGAAUCUGCUUUUUAUGGAUUUUUAAAGGAUAAAUAUACGACACUUGAAGAAACCAAUGAUCGUAUUUUAUCAACAAGUAUAGAUUCAAAUUGGAAAUAUUUAAAUAUCACAACCAAAAACAAAAUUCCAUUUGAUAAUAUUUAUGAAUCGAUACGCGAAAUAACUUUAUCAACAUUUGCCAAAGAUUAUAGUGCAUCGGUGCAAGCGACAUUAUAUCUUAUGGCAAAAUUAGCAUUGGAGAAACAUUUGGAAAUAGGAAGCAUUCAUUAUGAAUUACCAAAUAAACAUUAUUUUGCUUAUAAUUUGGAAAGAUUUAAUUUGAAAAAUACUGGUAAAGAUACUGAUAUCUACUCCCCAAACAGUGACCCAUCAGGAUUAAUUAUUGCUACCGUUUCUAGAAGUAAACCUAAAUUGUAA